UGGCACUACUGCGACCUGAACGGCGGCCAGGCCUCGUUCCUGUGCCCGAACGGCACCAUCUUCUCGCAGGUGGCGCUCACUUGCGACUGGUGGUUCAACGUGAAGUGCGCCGCCACGCCGCAGCUAUAUGUGCUCAACGAACGCCUCUACAAGUACAUUCUGCCGCAGCGACCCAGCUUCCCCGAGGACUUCGCCGGGCCCCUCGUCGACCAAUACCUCACGCUCAAGUACCACGAGCUAGAAGCUAAGAAGAAGAAUGCCACCGCCAAAGCUAAACCGACAACAACCACUGAAUCCGCGCCGCUACCCCCCAACGUCGAUUUCCUAACGCUGCUAUCCAACGAGGUUAAAAGGAAUGUGUAGGGAACCUUGUCGAAUUUGAAAUAAAAUAGGUUGAGACUUAGGAUUUCAGUCAACCAAAUA